AUGGGGAGCGACGGCGAUGGCGACGGCGAGGCGGGGAUGCGGAUGCAGCUCGUGUCGGGGACGGGCGAGUUCGAUCGCGAGGGGCUCGAGCGAUUCGCGCGUGCGACGCGGAUGACGGAGUGCGGCUUGUCGUACGCCGUCAUCGCCAUCGUCGGACCGCAGAGCAGCGGCAAGAGCACGCUGCUAAAUCACCUCUUCCACACGACCUUCGAUGAGAUGGACGCGCUCAAGGGCAGGCGGCAGACGACGCAGGGCAUCUGGGUGGCGGAGGCGCGCGGCAUUCGGCCGUUCACCCUCGUGCUGGACAUCGAGGGCACUGACAGCCGCGAGCGCGGCGAGGACGACACCACGUUUGAGAAGCAGAGCUCGCUCUUUGCCCUCGCUGUCGCUGACGUCAUCAUCGUUAACAUGUGGUGCCACGACAUUGGUCGAGAGCAAGCCUCCAACAAGCCAUUGCUGAAAACGGUCUUUCAGGUGAUGAUGCGCCUGUUCUCGCCGCGCAAGGCCACGCUGCUCUUCGUCAUCCGCGACAAGACCAAGACCCCAAUGGAGACACUCGAGCCCAUAUUGAGGGAGGACAUUCAAAAGAUAUGGCAGAGCGUACCCAAGCCGCAGAAGCAUCACGACACACCCUUUGCUGACUUCUUCAAUGUGGAGGUCACAGCUCUGCCCAACUUUGAGGAGAGAGAGGAGGACUUCAAGAGCCAGGUAGCACGGCUGAGGGAGCGGUUUCAAGACUCGGUGGCGGAGGGGCGGCUGGCGGGGGACCGGCGGGGGGUGGUGCCGGCAUCGGGGUUCCCCUUGAGCGUGGCGGAGAUGUGGCGCGUGAUACGCGAGAACAAGGACCUCGACCUGCCCGCUCACAAGGUGAUGGUGGCCACGGUGCGCUGUGAGCAGAUCGCCGCGGAGAAGCUCACCCAGCUGCAGGAGAGCGAGGAGUGGGUGGAGCUACAGGCAGCAGUGGAGGCGGGCAAAGAGGCGGACCACUUCGGUGGGCGGGCGAACGAGCUCGCAGCUAGUGCUCUUGCCACGUACGAUGCGGAGGCGGCAUACUUCGAGGAGGGAGUGAGGGACAGCAAGCGCCAGUUCCUGCUCAAAGGCAUGAGCGCCCUCAUCCGCCCAGUGCACACGGCAGUGGUGGCGGCGGCAGCAGCUCGCUGCUUCGAUUCCUUCAAGAGGGACCUGGACGAAGAGACAGGGGGGCGAGAGGGCAGCGCUGCCUCCUUUGCCAACUCCUCUGCUGCGUGCCUGCAGGCUGCUGCUGUCUCCUUUGACUCCGAUGUUGAGGACGCUGACGUGGCGCUGUUCAAUUGGUCGGUGGAGGACGUGACGGCGAAGCUCAUGGCUGAUAUGGAAUCCCACGUGGCGUUGCUGCGAUCACAGAAGCUCAAACAGAUCGUCACGGAUGCAGAGGCGUCCCUGUCAGAGGCAAUCUCGGAGCCCAUAGCAGCGCUGCUAGAGGCAGUGACGGACAACACGUGGCGGGACAUCCGAGCCGUGUUCUUCCACCAGCUGGACGGCGCAUGCAGCGACGUGGAGCAGGCCGUGGCGGGGUUCCAGCUGGGGGACGACGAGCACACACGGCUCAAGGGCGCGGUGGAGGCGGCGGGGAGGAAGGUGGUGGAGGAGCGGGUGAAGAGGGAGAGCCAGCAUGCGCUGUCGCUCAUGAAGGACAGGUUCUUCGUGGUGUUCUCGCAGGACGACCAGGGUCUGCCGCGCAAGUGGACGGAGGGAGACGACAUCAAGGCCAUUGCCUUCGAUGCUCGCAAGGCGGCGCUGCGGCUGCUGGCAGUGGUGGCGGCGAUGCGCCUGGACACGGUAGACGACUCCAUCGAGCCCACGCUCUUGUCUCUUCUGGGGGAGGGCGCUCCUGGGGAGGGCGGUGACUCGUCUCGGACCCAGGACGGGGAGUCGGGGGAGGGGGACGGGGAAGUAGAAGGGGAAGGGGAAGGGGAAGGGGAAGGGGAAGGGGAAGGGGAGGGGAAGGCGGGGAGCAGGAGAGUGCAGCGGGUGUUCACGUCGGCAGGGCUGCUGGCGGCAAGCAAGUGGGAAAAGAUCGCCCCCGACUGCACGUUCCUCACACCCGGGCAGUGCCGAGCGCUGUGGGGCAAGUUCAAGGCGGAGACUCAGUACGUGGUGGCCCAGGCCAUGCAGACGCAGGAGGCGAGUCGGCGCAACAACGCGUGGCUGCCCCCGCCGUGGGCCAUCCUAGCCAUGGUGGUGCUGGGGUGGAACGAGUUCAUGGCUGUGCUCAGGAACCCCGUGCUGCUGCUACUGGGAGUGUUCCUCUUCUUCAUCGGGCGGGAGGUCAUGGCGCAGCUGGACCUGGGGGGCAUCUUCGACAACGGCCUCGUUCCUGGCCUCAUCACCCUGGCAGCGCGGGCUGGCCCCGUCAUCAUCUCUGUGCUGCGGCGCCUGGGCGAGCAGGCAGAGGCAGCGCUGAGUGCGCACAACGCCCCUGUGCCGGGGCCACUGCGCCCCAACUGGCGCAGCGAGGGGGACGAGGAUGGGGGUGAUGUGGCGAUGCGGGAUUUCAGCGCGGGGAGCAGUGGGGAGGGUGGGCUGAGGCAACGAGGGAGCAGGCGGGAGGGAGAGGGCAGGUGA